GUUCGUUAAUUCUGAUUGGGCGCUUCAGCUAAUACGUCAGCAUUUUUCCAUUGCAUCUUUUUUCUUACAAUUUGGAAAAUUCGAGGUUUUUAUUUUUAGCCAACAAAAAUUUGGGGUUUGGAAAAAAAAAAAAAAGAAACAGAGCAGAUUUUUUUUUCCUUUGAGAAUUAUAGAGAGAGCGAAAAGAAGAGAUUCAUAAAAACCCAAAGUUGAUUUGAUUCCCAUGAAUUCAGACUUUGCCUUAGCAGCGGAACUAGAAUCAGCUUUGCGGUUGAAGACCCUACAGUACUUUGUAACGCAAAGGCCAUGGCUUGAUCUUUAUGGAAAACAUGUUAGACCAGUUGCCCCUUUUGGAAGCGCCAGCAGAAGAUCAUAUGUUGAUCCUGCACUUAUCCAUCGUUGCUUGCCGGAUGAACUGCUUUUUGAGGUCUUUGUACGGAUGGCUCCAUAUGAUUUAGGAAGGGCAUCAUGUGUUUGUCGAAAGUGGAGGUACACAAUUCGUAACCCUAUGUUUUGGCGUAUUGCAUGCUUAAAGGCUUGGCAGCUCUCUGGAGUGCUGGAGAAUUAUAAGCUUUUGCAGUCAAAAUAUGAAGGUUCAUGGAGGAAAAUGUGGCUUUUAAGACCUAGGGUACGAACUGAUGGUCUUUAUGUGAGUAGGAAUACUUAUGUUCGGGCUGGAGUUGCAGAGUGGAAGAUUACAAAUCCAGUUCACAUAGUCUGCUACUUCCGGUACAUGAGAUUUUUUCCUUCUGGCAGAUUUCUGUACAAGAAUUCUUCUCAAAAAAUAAAGGAUGCAGCAAAAUUUAUGAAUUUCCGUGCAUCAAAAGCAGACUGUGUUUUUGGUGGUCAUUACACUUUGUCAGAGGACAAGGUUGAAGCUGCUGUCUUGUACCCUGGCAUGCGUCCUACUGUGCUGAGAAUUCGUUUAAGAUUACGAGGAACGACAGUAGGGGCUAACAAUCGAAUGGAUUUGCUUUCACUUGUUACAAGCGGCGUGAAUGAUAAUGAAGCCAGCAGUCCUGAAGAGGACAUCCUUGGAGUUGUUGAAGGGUGGCAGGACAAUGAAAGUCACAACCCAGAUGUGCCUGCAGUGUCCCAUAAAAGGGGUUUAACACCAUUUGUCUUUGUCCCGUUUGAAGAGGUGGAAACAUCUGUUUUAAAUCUGCCAGUGGAAAAGAUGGAUUAUUACGUGCCCGGUUAAGGCUUUCAGCAACUGAGUUCAUUUCUGUAAAUAUCAUAUUUCCUCUGAGCAAGCAGUUGGCAUUGAUUGUAUUCCUUUAUAUCAUGAAUACAUCUGUGUUCAUGAGAUAGUAAUGUCUUAAGUUGAUGCCAUGGAUCAUAGAUUCAUAAUGCAGGGAUUUAGGUGCGCCUUCUUGUUUGUUUCUGGCAUUUAUCCAUGUUAUGCCAUGUAAUAUAUCAUAAUGUGAUUUUUUGUGAUUGCACAUAA